AUGGAUGGAUGGAUGGAUGGAUGGAUAGAUGAAUGGAUAGACGGAUGGAUGGAUUGGAUGGAUGGAUGCGGACGUACGGAUAGGGGGACGUUGCACACGCAAAAGGGGGAUAUCCAAAUAUCCUCCAAAUAUCCAAAACGUCUUAAAAUUUACGAAUAUAUUUUAGUUUUUUUUACUAAAAUUGCGAGAUUUCAAACAGCAAAUUGUAGCUACUUUUUACGCAUUACGAACUCGUCAGAAACAGCUAACCGACAAUCGGCGAUUGUCGACGAACAAGUGUUCUACGAGCGUGAAAACAUCGACGACUGCGAGUUUCCUGAUUUCUGUCCUGUGACAGUGAGCUCGUCGCUGACGUCCUCUUCGGCCUCGCCGGUCUCCGCUACGAUCCUGAGCGCAGGCGGCUCGUCGCUGGUCAGCGUAGCGGGCACCACCACGAAUCAUCCCCUGGGCGUAGCUGCCGGUCUGUCGAACGCGAGGAUGGCGGUGACCAGCGCGGUGGUUAGGCCGCCAGGCAGCCCAACCACGUCGGUCAGCCCGUCGCAGGGUCAUCCGCCGCCGACGACCGGCGGCCCGGCGCCCACUGGACGGUGUUGCGACACUGGAAGACCGAUUUUCACCGAUCCGCUCACCGGACAGACCGUCUGCUCCUGCCAGUACGAGCUACUCGGCGGUUAUCAGCGACUCGGUGCGCUACCGACGGCCGCCCUCUCCAUGUACAGCGCGCCGUACGCGGCAGCUGCCGCCGCCGCCGCCUCCGAGGGCAUGGCAGCCUAUUUUCCUAGCCUCGGGGCCGAACAGGCGCCCUUCUACACGCCUACGGUGAGUACAUCUAUCUGCCAUUUCUCCCACCUGUGGUUGUUGUUGUCGCCACUAUGAGAUACGAGAUCCUCCUCUGACUGUGUAAAGUACAGUCAUCUUUCGGUCAAAGUUUACAAAUUUUUACAAACCCAGAAAAUAACUUCAGACAGACUUCAAGGGGAAGAUCGUUCUUCAGAAUCUGCAUCGGCAAUUAUAAAAUACUGA